AUGCUUCACCAUAUAAUUCAGACAUACGUGCCUACUUCAUUAAUUGUCGUUAUAUCAUGGUUCAACUUCUGGCUAGAUAUAGAUACGGCUCCCGCUCGUGUUACUUUAUCAAUUACAACACUUCUUACUAUUGAGACACAAGCAAACGCUGUAAAACUUGCGUUACCCGAAGUUUCAUAUAUGAAGGCAAUAGAUUCAUGGAUGGGAUUGUGUCUGGCUUUUGUUUUUGGUAAAUAAAAUAUAAAUGCUAAAGUAGGACUUUCUAUAAGAAACUCGGAUUUUAAGC